GCAUGCAGCUGAUAACACAGGAUUACAGCGAAGCGACGGCUGGAGACUAGAAUUCCCCCGCAGUCCUGCAUAGCAGCAGCCGCCGCCGCCAUCAUCACCAAGUGAUCACCUAGCGCUGCUCCCCAACAUUCAGUGUCUGCUCAUCCUCCAUCAUGUCUGUAGCGGGGCUGAAGAAGCAGUUCCACAAAGCCACCCAGAAAGUGAGUGAAAAGGUUGGAGGAGCUGAGGGCACCAAGCUAGAUGAAGACUUCAAAGAAAUGGAAAGGAAAGUUGAUGUGACCAGUAGAGCGAUCAUUGAAAUAAUGACCAAGUCAAUAGAAUAUCUUCAGCCCAAUCCAGCCUCUCGAGCUAAACUCAGUAUGAUUAAUACAAUGUCAAAGAUUCGGGGUCAAGAAAAGGGACCUGGAUACCCGCAAGCUGAAGCCUUGCUAGCAGAAGCAAUGCUAAAAUAUGGGAGAGAAAUUGGAGAUGAGUCAAAUUUUGGUCCAGCUCUUAUUGAUGUAGGAGAAUCUGUGAGAGAACUUUCUGACAUCAAAGACUCAUUAGACAUGGAAGUGAAGCAGAACUUCAUAGAUCCGUUACAAAAUUUGCACGACAAAGAUUUAAAGGAAAUCCAGCACCACUUAAAAAAGCUGGAGGGCAGACGCUUGGACUUUGAUUACAAGAAGAAAAGGCAAGGCAAAAUCACAGAUGAUGAGAUUCGUCAGGCUCUUGAGAAGUUUGAUGAGUCCAAAGAAAUCGCAGAAUCCAGCAUGUUUAACCUUUUGGAGAUGGAUAUUGAACAAGUGAGCCAGCUCACGGCUCUUAUACAAGCACAACUGGAGUAUCACAAGCAGGCAGUGCAGAUUUUACAACAAGUGUCCGUAAAACUGGAUCAGAGAAUGAGAGAUGCUGCAAUACAGCCACGGCGAGAAUACCAGCCCAAACCUCGUAUGAGCUUGGAUCUAGCAUUAGCCAGUGAAAACAGUCAACAUAAUGGAGGAAUUUCUCUCGCUACAACUCCGAAACCAUCAGGUGCUCCCAUGGAUCAGCCAUGCUGUCGGUCCCUCUAUGACUUUGAUCCAGAAAAUGAAGGAGAACUUGGUUUCAAAGAGGGCGACAUCAUUACUCUCACCAACCAGAUUGAUGAAAAUUGGUAUGAAGGGAUGCUGCAUGGCCAGUCAGGCUUCUUCCCAAUCAAUUAUGUCGAUAUUCUGGUCCCACUGCCACACUGAAAUGUCUGACAUAAACAAUAAUUCAGUUCGUACCACUGCAUUUUAAAUGCUGCUUACUCCAGAUGACAAGUACAUGGGCAGUGGUUUUAAAUCUUGUUACAUUCCAUGGUCAUUUCAAAUUAAUUUGUCUUUCUAUGAUUUCUUUUUAUGUGUUCUUUCUUCUGUUAUUGUAUUAUAUUAUUGUGUUCUUAAUAAUGAAUGCAGGAAUAAAAAGUACUUGUUGUGCAUCCUUCCUUCCACGAUACAGCGCACAGUAGUCUUAAUAUGCCCAAAGUGAUAGUGUUAUUUUUAUGCCAACUUUGCUUACUGUAGGUUUCCAGAUAUGUUUACAGAGAUAAAACUGUGCGAGUCUUGGACUUGAAAUGUCUUGGAUUUUAUGAAAUUUAUUUCUGCAAAUUGUUUUCUCAUGUAUUGUGGCAUCAGGAAGUCAUUCUUUAUUAGUUUCAAACCUGACGUAAGUGACAUGGAACCAAAGUGUUUUUAAUAGAUUGUUAAUAGUUUAGGUUGGAGAGGACUUGCCCCCUGAUUUCACAAACUAGUCAUAAUCCACAAGAUGACAGCCAUUACACUGUCUACCCCCAAGUUAUUUAUACAGCUUUUUGAUGGCAAACAGCCACAGUUACUCUCCCCCCACCCCCCAACCACCUCUUUCCUAUUGCCCUGGCAAGUUCUGGAAGUGCUAUAGAUUUGCAAGUUCUGAACCAGGAUGCAGGAACGGUGCUACCGUAUAACUAGGUCUUGAACCUUACAGCUGUGCUACCCAAAUACUUCUGCAAAAAUAAUGAUGUGUAUACUGGCAUAUUAGAAGUUUUUAGAGUGGAUAUUGAGGGCCAGUAACAAUACUUGGAUUGUGUGUAUAUGGCUGUUGGUCAAGCUGUUUUGACCUAUAUAAUGUAUGUUUCAUAGGACAGUCUAGAUUUUCAAAUAUUCCAAUUUUACAGAAUACAAUUAUUUGUUAACAAAGUACAGCAGUUCGUUUAUUACAUCUAUUAAUUAAAUCGUGCAGAAAAAAGUUUUUUCUUAGACUUGAGUCGAUUCUGUACACAGAUUCCUAAUUUCCAUUUCCUGUAUUUGAUGUUACAGUAUGAUGUCUAUAUUGUUUUAGCUUGUGGCUAUUAUCCCCAACCCACAAUUUCCCAUACCAUCAAAUCUGCUGUAUGUCAAGGGUAGCAAAGAUGUCAGCAGGAAAAGAUGAUCAUGUCAUUUAACUUGGAUACAAAAAAGAGGGAAUUUAUAUAUUUCCAUUCGAAAUGUUCAAGCCAAAUCCUGACAGGAAUUUCAUCCUUGUAUAAUUAUGGAAUGGAGCUUGUAACCUCUUUUGACAAGUCUAUUUUAGUAAUUUUUUUGCCUUCCCCAUGUAAUAACAAUUCUGGAGCAUCUAUUCUUAUAACCCUGUUUUGUGCCAAUCCUUGGCUUACUGUGUGCCAGAAUAAUGCACCUGAAUUUUGCUGCAAAUUUGGCACAUAUUAAGUAACUCAGUUUCUCCAGCUAAACCACAACCCCUUUACCUCCCCACGUCAGCCGAUCCAAAAAAAAAGUGUCUGCAACUAUUAAUAAAUGAGGUGCGUGGCCUAAAGAGCACUGAAAAGAAUUGAAUAUCUAUGUAAAUAAUUUAAUAAAGGUUACAGUACAGCUCGAUUUUUCUCUUGGAUUAGUUAGGGGCAGCAGGUUACUGAAUUUGUAGGGUCACCUUAUUAUCAGUUUCUGACUCGUGGCGAUAGUAUGUGGUAUUAUGGCUACACAUAGCAGUAGAAUAGGUUUAUUUUACUUUUUCUAGUUCCCUUCAUUCUUGUUUUAUAAAAUGUCUGUAUUCAAAAGAGAUAUUUUAGGGGUCAAUAAAUGAUAACGAGAUUCUCUUUGACAAAGUGUAGUUACUAGAUGGAGAGGACCAAAAAAGAUGUAGAAUCAAAGCUUCAAUAAGAAGUCUACCUGUCCUACUAGCCUACUAGAAAAAGAAUUGCCCUGCAUGUGGUGCUUCUGAAAAGGAUGUAAGGGACAUAAAGAAUAUAUAGUAGGUCCUCAAGAACCGAUUAAAACCGUAACUCCAUUCAAAACGAAAUAAUCCAGGCAUAACUGAAGUUAACGCUAAUAUUCCACCCUUUCCCGUUAUUUCACAAGAGAUCCCGAUAGCUGAGAUACGUUGAUACUGUACAUAUAUAUCUGCCUAUAACAUGAAGGGAAACUAUUCUAGUCACCGUUGAUUUUUGUUUUACUACUCUGAAAGCUUAAUGAGUCAAAUAUCGGAUUUUACCAUAAAGCUGUGCUGUUUUUGUUUGUGGAGAAAAAAUUAUAUUCACACCUGACAAACAGUCAAGUUUUGUGGGGAAUUGAAUAUCGAGCUUAAUUUCAGUUAGGCCUCAUGCACAUGGCCGUUGAUCGGCCGUUCCAUGCAUUGGGAAUCGCAAUUUGCGGUCCCCAAUGCACAUUCAACUUGAAUGGGUCCGUGAUCUGUCCGCACCACAAAAAAGCAGGGCAUAAGGAGACACGGACAGAAACCCCACGGAACCACUCCUUAGUGUUAAUUUCUCAUUUCUUUCAACGUACAGAAGGGGGGGAUCUCUUGAAUGUGAUGUGUGAGGAUCUUAUUUAUUCAGUCAAAUAGCUUGUUUUAUUUUCUUUGUUAACCAUAAAAUCCCCUGUAAUUAGUAAGUGCAUUCUCCAGAUAACCAGAGAAGAUAUAUUAAACAUAUUUUUGGUGCAUGCUCUCUGCCCUCAGUGAGGACUACAAUUCUAUUUGAUAUGUAAGCUGGGCAAUUUAGACUUGUGACUGUAUCUUACAUCCCUUCGGUUUGGUUGUUUUUUUUCUUCACCACCAUUCUGUGUGUAAAGUGCUGUGCCUAGCAUCAUAAUUUUGUAACAAAUGUCACAUUCUUUUCGUUGAGUUAUCCAGAGGUCUAUUUAUCUAAAGUGUACAGAUUUGUCCUUUUUUUGGAAAUUUUUUGUGCUGCUUCGGAUGUGCCACUACAGUACAGGAUUGAGUAACAUGAAGGCAAAGCUUACGGCUUCAUGUGUAAAAUAAAGUAUAUCAUAGAAAGCAUUAACAUUGAACAAUAAACUGUGCUAAA